AGCAGAGGCAGCGAGAGAGAAAACGGGCAGUUGGGAAGCGAGCGUGAGUAGUAGAUUGGAUCUGAGCGUGUGCGUUGAGUGUGGAAGAGAUAGCGGUGAUUUUUGAGUGUUUCGUACUCUUGCCUGAGAUUUCAAGAUGAACAAGCCGUGUGCACGAUGCCAGCACCCAGUUUACCCACUGGAAAAACUUGACUGCCUGGGCCAGACAUGGCACAAGAUGUGUUUCUACUGCGAGGAGUGUGAAACGGUGCUCACAGUCAACAACUUCAAAAGCUUCGAGAAGCGACCGUACUGCCAUGCGCACUGUCCCAAACCCAACAAGUUCACGAGCGUGCUGGAGACUCCUCUCAAUCUCAACGUGAAGCAGCAGAGCGUCAAUGCCAGCGAGAACAAAUACCGCGAGGCGAGCGAGAAGUUCCGCACCGAGUACCACUGGGACAUGCAGUCGCGCGAGAUGGAACACAUCCGACAAGUGGCUCACCUCUCCAGCCAGGUGGAGUACACAAAGUCAUGGGAUGCUCAGAAGGAGUUCUACCAUCUCCCUCCCGACGUUAUCGCCAGGAACUCCGCGAGCGAACAACUCUAUGAGCAGGAGAUGUUGGUGGAGGGGAAUCUCGUCUACACGGAGACUCCCGAGUACAAGCGCAUGGUGCAGGCACAGAAGAACGUCAGCGAUGUGCAGUACAAGCGCGAGUUCAAGGAAAAGAAGGAUCAAUUCACGUCCGUGGCAGAGAGCUGGGACAUGCGGCACGCGCGCGUCGGAUCCGCUCUCGCCAGCGAGGUGAAGUAUCGAGAGGCGUACGACAAGGAGAUGAAGGGCCACCAGGCGAGCGGAGGGCUGGAGAUCACCGCCGGCGCUCAGAGAGUCAUCGAGGAGCAACAGGAGGGGCGUCAGCUGAGAAAGAUCCGCGGUUCGUUCCCGGCCAACGAGACCCCAGGCUACCGCUGCGCCAAGCAAGCCCACGAGCUCGCCAGCGACGUCAAGUACAAGGCAGGGAGGGAGCAGAUGAAGGGCGCUGCGCGGUUCCACUCGCUGCACAGUGAGGGAAACCUGGAGCUGCAACGCACGCAGAAGGUCAACAAGCUCGUCAGUGAGAACGCGUACCGGAGGGACAUGAAGAGCGCCAAGGGGCACAGCGUGAACUACUGCGAGACGCAGCAGUUCAAGAGCGCCAGCAAGGCCGGGGAUCUCGCCAGCGACCUCAAGUACAAGGAGGCGUACGAGACGCAGGUGAAGGGCCACUACGCCGGCGUGGCGAUGGUGGACAAGCGCACCGAGCACUGCAUGAAGGUGGCCAAUCUGGCCAGCAAGAGGAACUACCGCGCGGAGUACGAGGAGGACAAGGCGUACGUCAACUUCCCAGCCACCGUCACGCCCGCGUACGAGUCGCACAAAAAGCAGGAGCUGUACCGUGACCCCCAGUACCGCCAGCGCGUGGAGAAGCUCAAGUUCACCAGCGUGUCGGAGACUCCCGAGAUCGCGCAGGCCCGGAUCAACGCCCACCAGCUCAGCGACAUGAACUACCGGGCCGACUACGAGAAGAACAAGACGCGCUUCACCAUCACGCAGGACAACCCGCAGAUGGAGCACGCCAAGGCGAGCGGAGACCUCCUCAGCGACAUCAAGUACCACGAGCAGUGGCAGAAGACCAAGGGCAAGGGCUUUGAGAUGAAGAUGGACGACAUCUCGCUCCUGGCCGCUCGUGCCUCCGGCGCGUUGGCGAGCGACAUUAAGUACCGGGAGGCUUACGAGAAGACCAAAGGCCGAUCCGUGGGAUCGUCCGAGUACGACACCAAAACCCUGCACUCCAUGCAUGCCGGCAAGCUGAUGAACGAGCGCGAGUACAAGAAGGGCUUCGAGGAGGCCAAGGGGCGGCUGCACAUGCCCAUGGACAUGCUGCAGAUGCAGCAUGCGCAGAAGGCGCAGAGCCUGGCCAGUGACAGGGACUACCGCACGCUGCUGCACCGCUACACCGCGCUGCCCUCUGACCUCAAGGUGGAGUGGGCCAAGAAGGCCCACCAGCUGCAGAGCAAUAUGGAUUACAGGGCGGAUCUGACGUGGAUGAGGGGUGUGGGCUGGGGGGCUGAGGGUAGCCUCAACAUGGAGCAGGCCAAGAAGGCCGGGGACAUCCUGAGCGAGCCCAAGUACCGCCAGCGCGUGGACCAGCUCAAGUUCACCAGCGUGUCGCAGACUCCAGAGAUGGCGCAGGCCCGGAUCAACGCCCACCAGCUCAGCAACACGAGCUACCGCUCUCAGUACGAGCAGAACAAGUCUCGCUACACCCUGACGCACGACACCCCUGAGCUGCUGCAGGCCAAAGCCAACGCCAGCACCUUCAGCGACCUCAAGUACCACGAGCAGUGGGAGAAGACCAAGGGCAAGGGCUUUGAGAUGAAGAUGGACGACAUCUCGCUCAUCGCCGCUCGCGCCUCCGGGGUGUUGGCGAGCGACAUUAAGUACCGGGAGGCUUACGAGAAGACCAAAGGCCGAUCCGUGGGAUCGUCCGAGUACGACACCAAAACCCUGCACUCCAUGCACGCCGGCAGGCUGAUGAACGAGCGCGAGUACAAGAAGGGCUUCGAGGAGGCCAAGGGGCGGCUGCACAUGCCCAUGGACAUGCUGCAGAUGCAGCAUGCGCAGAAGGCGCAGAGCCUGGCCAGUGACAGGGACUACCGCACGCUGCUGCACCACUACACCGCGCUGCCCUCUGACCUCAACGUGGAGUGGGCCAAGAAGGCCCACCAGCUGCAGAGCAAUAUGGAUUACAGGGCGGACCUGACAUGGAUGAGGGGCGUGGGCUGGGGGGCGGAGGGCAGCCUCAACAUGGAGCAGGCCAAGAAGGCCGGGGACAUCCUGAGCGAGCCCAAGUACCGGCAACGGGCGAAAGACUUCAAGUUCACCAGCGUGUCGGAGACGCCGGAGAUCGCGCAGGCCAGGAUCAACGCGCGUCAGCUCAGUGACACGAACUACCGCUCUCAGUACGAGCAGAACAAGUCUCACUACACCCUGACGCACGACACCCCAGACCUGCUGCAGGCCAAAGCCAACGCCAGCACCUUCAGCGACCUCAAGUACCGUGAGCAGUGGGAGAAGACCAAGGGCAAGGGCUUUGAGAUGAAGAUGGACGACAUCUCGCUCCUGGCCGCUCGCGCCUCUGGGGUGUUGGCGAGCGAUAUUAAGUACCGGGAGGCUUACGAGAAGACCAAAGGCCGAUCCGUGGGAUCGUCCGAGUACGACACCAAAACCCUGCACUCCAUGCACGCCGGCAGGCUGAUGAACGAGCGCGAGUACAAGAAGGGCUUCGAGGAGGCCAAGGGGCGGCUGCACAUGCCCAUGGACAUGCUGCAGAUGCAGCAUGCGCAGAAGGCGCAGAGCCUGGCCAGUGACAGGGACUACCGCACGCUGCUGCACAACUACACCGCGCUGCCCUCUGACCUCAAGGUGGAGUGGGCCAAGAAGGCCCACCAGCUGCAGAGCGACACGGAUUACAGGGCGGACCUGACGUGGAUGAGGGGCGUGGGCUGGGGGGCGGAGGGCAGCCUCAACAUGGAGCAGGCCAAGAAGGCCGGGGACAUCCUGAGCGAGCCCAAGUACCGCCAGCGCGUGGACCAGCUCAAGUUCACCAGCGUGUCGCAGACUCCAGAGAUGGCGCAGGCCCGGAUCAACGCCCACCAGCUCAGCGACACGAGCUACCGCUCUCAGUACGAGCAGAACAAGUCUCACUACACCCUGACGCACGACACCCCAGACCUGCUGCAGGCCAAAGCCAACGCCAGUGCGUUCAGCGACAUCAAGUACCGCGAGCAGUGGGAGAAGACCAAGGGCAAGGGCUUUGAGAUGAAGAUGGACGACAUCUCGCUCCUCGCCGCUCGUGCCUCCGGGGUGUUGGCGAGCGAUAUUAAGUACCGGGAGGCUUACGAGAAGACCAAAGGCCGAUCCGUGGGAUCGUCCGAGUACGACACCAAAACCCUGCACUCCAUGCACGCCGGCAGGCUGAUGAGCGAGCGCGAGUACAAGAAGGGCUUCGAGGAGGCCAAGGGGCGGCUGCACAUGCCCAUGGACAUGCUGCAGAUGCAGCACGCGCAGAAGGCGCAGAGCCUGGCCAGUGACAGGGACUACCGCACGCUGCUGCACCGCUACACCGCGCUGCCCUCUGACCUCAACGUGGAGUGGGCCAAGAAGGCCCACCAGCUGCAGAGCGACACCGAGUACCGCGCCGACCUGGCGUGGAUGCGGGGAGUGAAUUGGGCGGCCCAAGGCUCGGUGCACGUGGAGCAGGCGAAGCGUGCGGGCGAGCUCGUCAGUGACAAAUCCUACCGGCAGCACCCGAACUCGAUGAGGUUCACGUCAGUGUUGGACACUCCGGAGAUGAACCAGGCCAAGAUCAGCUACCAGCAAGCGGUCGAUAGGCUGUACCGGGAGGACGGGGAGGCCGUCAAGCACGGCUACACGGGGCCUGCCGACCUGCCCGAGAUGGCCCGCGCGCGCACCAAUGCGCAGAACAUCAGCGAGAGCGGGUACCGGCGCUUGGGGCAGCAGAGCCGCGCCCGCGGCUACAACCUCCACCCCGACGCGAUCCCCUUCCAGGCCGCCCGCGCCUCCCGCGAGAUCAUCAGCGACUACAAGUACAAGGAAGCGUUUGAGAAGCGCAAGGGCCACUAUGUGGGAGCGUCGGCGAAGCAGAACCUCAACCUCCUGCACCUCCUGCAAUCGUCACACCUGCAGAGCGACCGCGAGUACAAGAAGGGCUUCGAGGAGGCCAAAGGGCGGCUGCACCUGCCCAUGGACAUGCUGCAGCUGCUGCACGCGCAGAAGGCGCAGAGCCUGGCCAGUGACAGGGACUACCGCACGCUGCUGCACAACUACACCGCGCUGCCCUCUGACCUCAAGGUGGAGUGGGCCAAGAAGGCCCACCAGCUGCAGAGCGACAACCUGUAUCGCUCGGAGGGAGGGGCCCUGCGUGGCGUUGGGUGGACGCCGCUUGGAUCCCUGCAGACCGCGUACGUGAAGCAUGCGGGGGACAUCAUCAGCGAGAAAAAAUACCGGCAGCACCCGGACGCCCUGAAGUUCACCAUGGUGGCCGACUCUGUUGGGAUCCUGCACGCCAAGAACGCGUACCUGCAGUCCAGCGAGCGGCGGUACCGGGAGGCUGGGAUGAGCAGUCAGCACCAGUACACCCUGACCUCUGACCUGCCCGAGCACAUUCAGGCCCGGAUCAACACGCACAACCUGAGCGAUACGCAGUACCGCGACCUGUGGAGGAAGUCGCGCUCGCUGGGCUACACGCUGCACGCCUACGACAUCCCCUUCCAGGCGGCCAAGUCCUCGCAGGAGAUCUCCAGCCAGUACAACUACCGGCAGGCGUUUGAGAGGCAGAAGGGCCGCCACGUGGGGGCGCAGAGCGCCGAGGGCGACCAGAACCUGCAGCACUGCUUGCACGCCAGCCAGCUGAGCAGCGGCCAGGGUUAUCGCCGCGGCUUCGAGGACACCAAGGGGGCACUGCACCUGCCCAAUGACAUGCUGCAGCUGCUGCACGCGCAGAAGGCCCAGAGUCUGGCGAGCGACAGGGAUUACCGCACCCUGCUGCACCACUACACCGCGCUGCCCGAAGACAUGAAGAUACUGGCCGCCAAGAGGGCCUACCAGCUGCAGAGUGAGUCGCUGUACAAGGCCGAGCUGUCUCAGCUGAAGGGCGUGGGCUGGCUCCCCCAGGGCUCCGUGCAGAUGGAGGGUGCCCUCAGGGCAGGUCAGCUGGUCAGCGAGAAAAAGUACCGGCAGCAGCCGCACAACUUUCAGUUCACGAGCAUCGCGGACUCUCCCGACAUCCUGCACGCCAAGGCGAGCUACGAGAAGUCGAGCGAGCUGGCGUACCGCUCGGCGGCAAGCGGCGGCUCGCACGCGUUCACGCUGCCGCCGGACCACCCCGAGUUCCUGCGAGCUCGUGCCAACGCCCUGCACAGCAGCGACAGGGCGUACCGGGAGUCGUCGAGAAGCGCGCGGGCACGCGGCUACGACCUGCGCCUUGACGCGCUCUCCUUCCAGACGGCACGCGCCUCGCGCGACAUCGCCAGCGACUACAAGUACAAGGAGACGUUCGCCCGCGAGCGCGGGCGGCUGGUGGGCACGCAGAGCGUGAGCGGCGACGCGCGCAUCCUGCACGGGGUGAGCGCGUCGCGCAUGCAGAGCUCGCUGCGCCAGCGGCGCGACUACGACGAGGCGCGCGUCGCCACCGGGGGCCACUACUCGCUGCCGGCCGACGUCGCCUCGCUGGUGCACGCCAAGCGGAGUCAGGAGCACGCCAGCGACGUGGGCUACCGGCAGCCUGUGGCCUCCGGGACGGCCACCUCCGAGCAGCUGUCCAUCAAGCACGCCCAGCACUCCCACUCGCUGCAGAGCGAGAAGCGCUACAAGGCAGACCUGGCGUGGAUGCGCGGUGUGGGCUGGGUGCCCCCGGGUUCACACAAGGUGGAGGUGGCACGGAGGGCAGCAGAGAGGGCAGCAUCUGGGGCAGACUCGGGCGGGCCGCAGCGACUGCCCCCCGCGAAGCCCAAGGCGGAGAUGGAGCGGCAGCGCGUCCAGGGAGAGGAGGUGAUGCCGGACGCCUUCGAGGUGCUGCACAGCAAGCGGCGGGGCAAGCGGAUGUGAGGUCAAGGGUCGUGCCCAGUGGCUGCACCGCACCUGGCGCAGCGCCACAGUUAAACGAUGUCUUACGUACAGCCCCCCUCCCACCGCACCACCAACCCCCCCUCUCCUCCUCCCCCACACGAACAUAUUUAUGAAUGGUUUCGUACAGAAGCACGGCACGUGAGUGAGAGCUGACACGGUCACCGUCACGCGUUUUCAGAGAGCGGCUUAAACACCGCAGCUGCACGUCCCACUCAUCACUUCUUCCGCACGCGGAAUGAAUAGCAGUGCUUUUACGAUGAUUGUUAUUAUUGCUGUAUUUUUAUUCAGGUUUUGUUUGAGUGACGGAUUACUUUAAGUGUAAAUCCUUUAUAAUGUUGCCGGCAAACGACUGUGCUAAUUUAGGUGUGUUUUGCUACAUUUUUUUUUUGCUGACGAAGUAUAUUUAAUGAUCAGGUGAACUGUGGAGCGGUAAGUUAAUUGUGAAGGUGCACGCGUACAUUGUGAGAUCGCGGUGGGGGAUAGAGGAAAGUAGCUCUGAGGUUAGCGGCGGUGUCGGCAAUGAGACACCGUACGGGGAAUGCUGUUCAAGGUUGUGAGUUCACAUCUCGGUCAGGGUGGACAAAGCACAUCAUCCCUGUUUAAAGCUUUCGUGACUGCAGGGAUUCAUCUUCUUGGUUCUUUCGGUAAAGUCACGUAGAAGGGAAAUAAUAAAAUAAUAAAAAUAAAGCAUAAUAAAAUAAUUCUCACGACGUCUCGGCUGCUUGCGUUGUGGCCGAAACGUCGUGAGAAUUAUUCUAUUAUGUUUUAUUUUUAUUAUUUUAUUAUUACCCUUCUACGUGACUUCACCGAAAGAAUCAAGAAGACACAUCAUCCCUGUUCUGGGUGGGUUAAACGACCAUCACCUCGGUAACCAAUCUUCGCCUGUUGGGAUAUCAGUGGAAUGAAGUAAGGAUCAUUGUUUUCGUGUUGUUAUUGCGAAGCCAUACGAGCGAUGUCACAACAGUGUCAAAACAGGUGAUGUUAGCCAAACAGUGCAAAUGGAUCUUCAAGUGAUUUGUGAAGGGGCAUGAGGAAAGGAAGUCGGACAGAGGUGUGCGAGAUAGCAAGUGAAACAUAGCGAGUGAUGUUUAUUGAAAGAUUUAAAUGAAUACUUUUAAGUCAGCAUUUUCCGCCUGUUUUCCUAAAUACGCCAAUAAUGUUACUAAACAUUAUGAUGCUUUGCAAUAAACCAUGAGCACAAGGUUUGUUGGUACGGUGUUUGGAAAGUGUCCUUUGAUUAAACAUGAACGUGAAAUUAA